UGAACAGCUGACGGGGGGCCCCAAGGCCUGAUGCUUGAUAUAUAUAAAGAGGUGCCGGAGCUGAAGAGUUUGUGCUACGCUGUGGCUGAAGUUCAUACUCCCAGGAUGAAUAUCCUCAAGACUCUGUUUCUCCUGGCCGCAGGCCUCUCUGUGGCCGUGUCUUCGCAAGACAAGGCACUCAACCAGUUCAGGAACAUGAUCCUCUGCCUGAUGCCCGAUAGCUGGCCUAUUUUCGACUACGCCGACUACGGCUGCUACUGUGGGAAGGGAGGCUCUGGCACGCCUGUGGAUGAACUGGACAGGUGCUGCUAUGUCCACGACCAUUGUUACAAUGAUGCCAUGCAGCACGACGAGUGCUGGCCCAUCUUCGACAACCCGUACACCGAGUUCUAUGACUACAGCUGCGAUGAGAAAAAGAAGAAGGUCACCUGCGGCAGCAAAAACAACGCAUGUGAGAUGUUCAUCUGUGAGUGUGACAGGAAGGCCGCCGAGUGUUUUGCCAGAUCACAUUUGAACCCCGACCACAAGCGACUGCCCAAGGACCGAUGUCAGUAAAGACCUCUGCAAACAACUCUAUCAUGUGCAGAACUUAGUCUUGCACAUUACAUAGGCAUCUUUUAGCUCUCAAACGUGUGACUGUAAUUUUAAAAAUCAUUAACUGUCCAUGACUCCCUCCAUGUGCUGAACCACUCUUGUAAGCUGUGGCCAUGUUUACAUAUCCUGACAAUAAACACAAUUUUCCAUUCA